AUGACGGAUAAUUACGGAUCGCAACAAUCAAGAUUGUCACGUGAUGUUGACCGACCGGAUGAACCAACGUAUGAUAGAUUGUCAUCAGCAACGACUUUAGCAUCAGCAACAACGUAUCGAUCAGCAGUUAGUCCGCGCGUAACCAAUGUUCAGCGUUCACGUCCAACCGGUUUAGGCGUCACAAGUUCUUCAACAAAAAUUUUUCAAAAUUAUUCUUCGUCGGGCAGUUCUGGUUUUGGACCAGGUUUGGCUUCUCUAGCAAACUUUACUGGUGUACCCAUGCGUGGUGGCCUAUCGGAUACUUAUACAGGCGUGGCGACGAUAACCUUGGCGCGAAAACGAGACAAACAUGAUCUCGAGUUUUUAAAUGAUAAAUUUGCACAAUAUGUGGAAAAAGUGCGAUUCUUGGAAGCACAAAAUCGCAAAUUAAAUAUGGAGCUAGAAGCGCUACGAAGUCGUGCGGGACAAGGUUCAUCACGUAUUAAGGAAAUGUACGAUAUUGAACGUGAUGAAGCCGAAAACUUGAUUGCAGAUACAAAAGAUGGUGUUGCUACUGCAAGAGCCAAAGCUGAAAAACUUGAACAAGAAGUAAAGCGUCAAGCAGCACGCAUGAAAGAUAUUAUAGGGUCUACGGAAGCUGAACGACGAGAGAUCGACAAUCUUCAACGAAAAAUUGCCGAGAACGACGCACAAAUUGCUCUAUUUCGUCGCCGUAUAGAUGACCUUGAAGACGAAUCACGUCGUUACAAACUUGAAAGUCAACGUUUAUCGUCGGAAAUAUCUCGUCUUCAAAACGAAAUUCAAAAUGAAUUAUUCACCAAAGCAUCAUGUGAAGUGGAGAAAGUCGCUCUUGAAGAUGAAAUAGAAACUGUCAAACAAAUCCACGAAGCUGAAUUAGCGGAACUUCGUUCUCAAAGUGUAUCGAACGAUCUUGAUCCAUCUCAGUUCUUUCGCAAUGAACUAUCGCAAGCCAUUCAAGAAGUUCGUAGUGAUUAUGAAAAUAGCAUCGAUAAUCGACGAAAUGAUUUGCAAAACCAAUACCAUCUAAUAGUUAGACAGACAACCAUUCACAAUCAACCAACAGAUAGUGUUGUUAAUAUUCAACAAGUGAAACAGUCCGAACGUUUACGUACAGAUAUCUUGCAAAAACAAAAUCAAAAUGCCCAUCUUGAUGCGAAAAACAAGGAAAUUCGGAAUCGACUGGAUGAACUAAGACGAAAAAUUAAAGAAAUACAAGAUCAAGACGCACAUAACAGAGCCAAAGGUGAGCGAGAUAUUGAUGAAGCACGUCGUAAUUUGGAACGUGCCAAAGCUCAAUACGAUCAAAUCAUUGAAUUUAAAACUUCACUUGAAAAAGAAAUCGAUACAUAUCGAAAACAACUUGAAGGUCCCGAUGGCCUUCGAGGAUGUGUGGAUCGAAUUGUACAAAAUGCUGAACAGCAAGCUCUUGAACGACCUGCCGGUCCUGUUCAUUCGAAAAGUAUUCGUUCUACAACUUCCAUUCGACACACAUUCAUCAACUCAGGCGGUUCAAAUUAUGCCUAUGGAGGUCCGACUCCGGGUGCUACGAUCAGUAAUCUUGCUACUCAAUCUCCUCCUACAUCAGGUGCCAAUCAAACCUCGUCUAGCGCUUCCAGGGAUGUCAUAUAUCGAAAUCAACCAAAUAACAAUAAUACAUCUCGAAAUAGUACUUCACACUAUCAAUUCAGCUAUAAUGAUUCCUUUCGGGAACCUGCACACGAAUAUACUAACUUAACGAAUGUAUAUCGCAAUAGCACGCAACGCGAUAGUACUCGAGUACGACAAAGUGCUGACUAUGAAACCAUACCGGAGCAUCUAGAUCAGCCGAAUGUAUUGACAUACAUAAAAACAACAAGACGAAUAGUCACACGAAACAGAAUGAAUCGUAUGAAAUAUACAGUUAAACCAGAUUCUGAUGCGUUGGAUUUAAGCAAUCGUCCGCAACAUUUGUUAUCACCAUCGAUUGAUAAUGAGGACGAUGACGAGUAUUUACAUAGUGAAGAUGAACAACAUCAUGAUACUAUUGAAGAAACGAGUAACUUUAUGAUUAAAAAAACAACGUAUGAUAGUGGUUUUGUGGAUACAAGCGAUGAGAAUAAUGAUUUAGCAAUGGUGAAACAAGAACGACAUCGCCACCAUUAUCAUAGUACACCAUUACGACCUCAACAAAUUCAUUCUCAUAUACGUCAUCCGAGUACAAGUAGUAGUACAUGUUCAUCACCAACUAAUCAAGAACGAUCACAUUCACCUGUCGAUGACAAAGAAUGUCGAAAUACAAGAUUUCUCGGAAGUCGAGCCGUAGCUGUUUUGAAUCAAUGGUUUCAAUCGAAUCGUGACUAUCCGUAUCCAGACGACGAACGUACGGAUCGUUUGGCUCGUGAAGCAGGUAUCACACAAAAGCAAGUGAAAAAAUGGUUUGCAAACAAACGUGUACGAAGUCAGAUGUGCUAUAAACCGCUUUAUCGUUCUCGAAAAACUCGUAAUUCAUCGUCGAUUCGACAAACUCAAACUCAAGUUCCACCAACUGUCUCUACACCAACAUCUGCAACAACGCAAACUCGUCGUCCUCAAACAAAUUAUAAUUAUAUUGUUAAUCAUAAUAAUAUUGCCACACCAGCACCAUUACCAGAUUUUAGCAAUGUUUUUCCAGGCCCUAAUCCAACUCUCUUUAAUCCGAUGGCUGCAUCAAUGAUGAUGUUUAUGAUGCAACAACAUCUCAUGACAACAAUGAUGGCUGCAGCUGGUUUACCUCAACUACCGUCUGCGCCAGCAACAUCUCCAAUACCUUCAACAGUACCUUCGAUGACUUCAUCGACAACAUCUCCCAAGAAAGCCAAUGUUGAUCGCAUUACAAGAUUUUGGUUAUAG